UGGCGGCAAAUUUUGACACUUCACAAAAUGGAAAUCUCAAACCGAUGCAAGGAAUAUUUAAAAAAGGUGUUCAAUAUAAUAUCAAUAGAUUGCAAGGAGAAGUAUUUUCCAAAGAGUAUUUAUCUACACCACAAAUACAAGUAGCAAAUAUACAAUGGGAUUAUAUUCAUACAAAUGAUGUGAUCAAAGUAGAAAUAUGGGAUGUUGUAGAUAAAGGAAUAAAUUCAACAGUAGAAAGGUCAAUAACUUCAGAUACUAGUCUGAAAAUCGACAAUAAUCAAGUAUCAGCUUUAUCAUCAUCAAAUUCUCGAGUAAAUUUACCACCAGAACAAUUAACACUGGAUGCAGCAACCAUUGAUGUUUAUAGAAAUACACAUGGUAUAAUUCUAAUGUUUGACAUUACAAAAAGUUGGACUUUUGAUUAUGCAAUUAAAAAGUUGGAAUCAAUCCCUGAUUCCAUGACAGUUUUACUCUUAGGUAAUUUCAGUGAUUUGAGUGAACAACGAGUGAUCACACAUUCUCGAAUAUAUCAAUCAUUAGCAGACAUUAACAGAUACCGUGUAAAGAAUUAUCCAUCAGCAAAUAUGAUUCGUUAUGUUGAAACUAGUAUGCUUACAGGAUUAGGUUUAGAAUACAUAUAUAAAUAUUUUGGUGUUCCUUUUUUACAAUUGCAGAGAGAUAUUCUUCAACAGCAAUUACAAUUAAAAACUAAAGAAUUAGCAAAACUUCUUGAAUCAUUGGAUGAUGUUGAACAAUUUUCACCACCUUCUCCAACUCAAAAUUAUAGUGAAAAUAUUCAAAUAGAUGAUUUAGAAAACACAAAUGUCAUUGAUGAAUUUGUUGCUGGUGAAUUAGAAGAUGAUUUUUUUGAUGAUUUACCUGAACCUAAUUUGACUUUACCCUCACCACCGUUACCAUUACCACCAAUCAACACUUCUUCCAAAAUAGAAGAAGAUUCGCCGGUUCCAAAUCCAAUGGUAACAGGUGAUGAGGAUCUCGUUGGCGUUGAAGAUGAUGAUGAAUCGGAAGAACUGAAUCAACUACAACAGCAACAAUUUAACCAUAUAAAAAUCAUUAGUCCAACAACCUACACUGAAAAUCUUACAAAUGUUUGGCAUCGACGUCAAAGCAACAUACCUUCUACCAUCGUUAAUAAUCAAAUUAACGAUACGUCAUCAAUUAAUGACAGACGGACUAGCACAAGUAAUGAUGAUUUAAACACAAUUGAAGUAGAAAAUAAUCAAUUUACUACUAGUAACCGAGAAUCAUCAAGCUAUUAUUCACCAUAUAUUGAUACAUCCUUUGAUUUUAAUACCGAUAAAUAUUCACCAAUGCCAUUUGGUGCAUCAGCUGAUUAUGAAGAAAUUGGCGAAGGUCAAGAUAAUCCUUGGUUAGAUUCCAAUCAAGGAAAAAAUUCUUAG